CAAUUGGAGUCGCCUUUACUGUGACGUCACAAUGUUUACCCGGAAAUGCGAACUUCCUCCCACGGCCGCUGAGCGUAUCAGGAUGUAUAGCGGACUUCUGCCCAAGGGUUUAACAGAAGACGACCUUAGUCCGGAUGACGAAGAAGAGGAGCGGGAGAGUCAACCCAACGACGGGAGGGGGAGUUCUGCUCGGGAAAACUAUGGUGCCGAGCCAGAAACGCCUGCAAAUCCUCCUGUCAUGGAUGCAAGUAUUGAAUCCCAGACGUGCAACCUGCCUGGUAUAUCCCAGGAAACGUGGCAGAAAUUCAACGAGCUGCGUGGGAAGAAAGAAGACAUGAAGUUGCAGGAGAAAAGAAAAAGACGGCGACGCAACAAAGGAAGACAAAGUGAAGAGCCAACAGAGCCCAGCAGGGAGCACCAGGAGAAGGCGGAGAAGCACUGGAACGGUCUUAAGCAGUAUUUCGGUGUAAAUGAUCGAUUUCAACCCCCUGCAAGUUCCAAACCCCCUCCCAAGUCCGGCCUAGAAAAGAGCAUAGAGAGGGCCAUAGCUGAAGGGGACAUUGCAAAGGCGGAGGAGAUGAGCGACAGACUCGCCACUCGAGAGCUGGCCGUGAAAAUCAGCGAAGCCGCCGAUUGCCGUGACUUCGUGGGGCGCAAACAGGAAGAGGACGCUCUGAGGGUAGCGAAGAAAAGGAAGAAGCGAGUAGCUUGGGGGUUUGAGGCGAAACAGCGUUGGGAAACCAAAAGCAACAUGGGCUACAUGUGACCAUCAGAUUUAGCAUUUUGACUUAAUUUAAUAAAGCCCGAUCCUUUUCUAAUGGCAAACUGAUAGCUUUUAUAAUGUUGCCAUAGUAAAAAGAAUUAAGAGCAGCAAGAGUUGGCGUGCUAGCUGAGGGGGGAAAGAAAAUCCAUCUAAAAGCAAGAAAAAAAAAGAUGGCACAUUGAAAUUAAUUCCCUAGGCGGCCAUUGGAGUCUGCAUUGUGUUACUUUUCAUUACAUUUCAGCCAUUUGAGCGUUCUGGCCUUCAAAUUAAAUCUGCUGUACAUUACUGGAUGAUGCGUUUAUUUAUUGCUGUAAAGUGGGUUAAUCAUGAAGGCGCUCCUUUCUUCUCCCUGGAAGAGAAAGGAAAGAUUAGGCCCCUAAUGCAAUGUACAGGAUAAUGUGCCAUAGGAUUUGCGGGAUGAAAAUGAAAUUUGCCUGCUGUAAACUGUUGUUAGCUAACAUCAACUGGAAGUUGGGGGGGGGGGGGGGGGCUUUGCUGUUGGCCGUCUCCCAUGCUGCGAGACGUUCUAUUGUUUCCGCGUCUGAACAACAGGCGUGCGCUUCUCCAAGCCUCCACGCUGCGCUCUUUGUGUGAUGAGCGCUCUUCAGCGGCCGCUAAGUCGUCUAAAACUGCGACUUUGAUCUGUUUUUUUUUUUUUUUUUUUUGCCUCUCAAGCUGCUUUUAAAUGCCCGUUCACAUUCUUGCAACUCUGAAUUCCAAACAGCUCGGAACAAAGAUGUAUAUAUUUUUUUUUCUUUCAGCUGUAUGAAAUGAUUGCUUUCUCAGCGGUAAUGACAAUUCCAAUGACGCCACCUAUGUUAUUAGCGUUAACGUAUUUGGCUUUUGUGUUGAGAAGGGGCGAGAACGCCCUCUGCUGUGUUGGCUCAAUCUGCGUAGAAGGAAAUUAGCCAUCCAUGGUCUAAUGCUUUGGCCUUCUAGAGCAAUUUAACGUUGGUGUGAAGCAGUUUGCGUGUGCAUGUGUGAGGCUGUCACUUGCAGAGAAUUGAUGCUAAUUAAACUAUUAAUUAUCUCUGUAAUGAGACACGAGUCAAAACUCUGUUAAGCACAUCAAAGUAUAACAUGGGAUUUCUUCACUUUGAUGAUGACUAUGAAAAAUAGAUCUUCACUGAGUAGUGAGGAAAAUGAGAUGUUCCAUUAACCAGGAGCAAAGAAAGCUGGAUUGUGGAGUCUUCCAAAGUUCUGGAUAACUUUGGAUAUAAUGACUCAAUAGUUUCUUUUCAAUGUUCAAGGACAGCUGGAGGCGGACGGACAUUUUUUGGUCACUUUCAGCGUUUCCCUGUCAGGGGUCGCCACAGUGAGUCAAUCGCACCAAUGAUUUUGGCUUCGGUUUUACGGCGGAUGCUCUUCUUGACGCAACCGUGGCCGGGUAUCGAAACGAUGCUCUACCAUGAAAGACAGAAGCGUGGACCGUUGCAGUAGUCCCUUUUCACGCCAACCAUCCAUCCAUCCAUUUUCUAUACCGCUUAUCCUCACCAGGGUCGCGGGGUGCUGGAGCCUAUCCCAGCUGUCUUGGGGCGAGAGGCGGGGUCCAGCCUGGUGGCCAGCCAAUCCCAGGGCAGUAGUUUGUCAAGGUGUUCCCUCAUUCUGUCAUGGUUCACUUUUCGCUCAAUCCAUCUCUUUUGUUCUUUUCGAUAGCUUCCUAGCUUGCAGUCUUUGUACGAUUGUAAUUUUCUCCCAGACAAAACCCAUAAUAUGGAGGAAAUAUCCUGUCUAUAAGGCAGAGGAGGACGCUAACCAUCACACUAAAGGUUGGACUUCUGGACAUGCUGAAGGAAUGUAGAAGUGAUGCUGUUAUACGGCGCCAUUAUGGAAUACUGGAAAUGCAUCUUUGGUUCGAAGGAGGACUGCAGCGAUAUGUUCUACCAAGGAUACAAAAACACUACAGUACAUCGGAACGGCGCCAGGAUGAAAAGGACUGAAAUAAUGCGUGUGUCACUUCAUCAUUUCUUGUCUCCAACCUGCAGGUUCAUUGUUAAACCUCUCCCCCGCGAUAAACGAGGGAACACUGUACUGUAACUGCUGACAGUAGCUAGCCUGUUCCCUCGUACAAACACGAGGCAGGCAGGCUCAGCCGAUGGACAAAAUCCACCCAGCAAUGGAAGCCAAUAAUCAACACUUAACCAGUUGGGUUCAUUUCAGAUAAAGCAAGCAUGCAGGGACAAAAGUGUUUUCCAUCCAGGGGACCGUACAGACCGUAAGACCGUACAGACCGUAAGACCGUACAGACCGUAAGACCGUACAGACCGUAAGACCGUACAGACCGUAAGACCGUACAGACGAUACAGACCGUAAGACCGUACAGACCGUACAGACCGUACAGACUGUAAGACCGUACAGACCGUACAGACCGUACAGACCGUAAAACCGUACAGACCGUAAAACCAUACAGACCGUAAGACCGUACAGACCGUAAGACCGUACAGACGAUACAGACCGUAAGACCGUACAGACUGUACAGACCGUACAGACUGUAAGACCGUAGAGACGAUACAGACCGUACAGACCGUAAAACCGUACAGACUGUAAGACCAUACAGACCGUAAGACCGUACAGACCGUAAGACCGUACAGACUGUAAGACCGUACAGACUGUAAGACCGUACAGACUGUAAGACCGUAAGACGCACAAGGCCAGCCUCGACAGGUAACGCCUUUUAGCCUACUUUUCCCGCUUAUGUUUAGGUUUAAAUCCCAGAUAUGUGACGAUCCAUGAAAAGAUGGAAUCUGAGACACGGAAUAGAAGUUGUAUCUUAGGUUUCACACGUUUGCAUCUUACAGCAAACGUGGUGCGUUCAAGGACAAAAUGUGAAAUCUCAGCACUUGGGGAAAAUAACAUUUUCAGUGAAACGUAAGCUUUUGGGUUUGUUUUUGUAAACAAUACACGUUUGCUUCCAUUUUGAUGGACUUGUUUGCACUUGACGAGAAUUGUAUUGUAGGAAGCUACUAUUUCUUAUUCGUUUUAUUUUGGAGCUUUUCAUCCAAGAAAGCGUCCAACGAUGUCCAAAUGUACGUUUUCCAUGCGAUGCAAAGCGAUUGGUUGUCGGUGAACAUGACAAGCGUUGAUCCAGGAACAGCGUGCCGGCUAUCCAUAGCAUCUCCUUUUAUUAAUCUCUUUGAACAGAAGAUAAUGCCUUGAGCAGAGAUGAUUCUGCUUUUAAGCUGGAAAAUCCACUUUCCCCCCUCGUCAUGUGGAGGAGCUGCUUCCAAUAGUCUGUGACUGGGGGCCAAUCUUAGCCCCUGACCUAGGCUGAUUUGUUGGGAAACACUGAGACAAAUUCCUUGGGCAUAUGUCGAACGUCUUCCACCAAAAGUGUUUGUUGUGCGGAGCGAAGGAAAAGAAAACAACAACAAUCCCAUUAAAUGCUUUCCAGGCUGCCGCGGUAUGAAAGGGGAACAUAUGUCGGCCAUAAUAAGACAUCGGCGCUAUCGCUCGCUGCUAUCAGCAGGUAGAAUGGGAUUACCUCAAAGGGAAGAUCUCGGAGAUACGGCUCCUUCUCCAAACGCCUCGCACGCGGUGGGAAGUGAUGCUUGGGCUUUUUAGGAAAUAUUAUAAUGUCUUGCACAUGGUAAUUAUUUGGUCGGGGCGUGUGAAAAAUACACACAACGCAACAAUGGCUGUCCAAGCUUUGUCCGCAGUGGGCCACAUACACAAAAUUACAUUUUUAUAAAUACUAAAGAAAAGUACCAUUGUCAAUAGCAUACUGAAUGAUAAAUGAUAUGAUAAAAAAAUCAAUCAAUCAAUAGAUGCAUCAUAAAGUAAUAAUUAUGAUCUAAUCUAUAAUCUAUCAUCUUUGCCACGGUGCCGUGUUGAACAGUAUGAGAACGUGUCUAAGCGAUAACGCCAAAUUUAACACACCUGCUCCCCACUCACAACUAACACCUGGAACACUAACGAGUCACAUGACACCGGGAGGAAGAAUGUCUAAUUGGGCCCAAUUAGUGGAGUUGAACAUACGAUUGGUUUCCACAUUCAUGGAUGUGUGUUCUUAUUUUGAGGGGACAGCAAAUUGACACCAUUCACUAGUCAUUCAAGCUGUACACUGACUACUUGACUUGACUUGACUGGAUCAACACUAUUGUCAUUCAAGCUGUACACUGACUACUUGACUUGACUUGACUGGAUCAACACUAUUGUCAUUCAAGCUGUACACUGACUACUUGACUUGACUUGACUGCAUCAACACUAUUGUCAUUCAAGCUGUACACUGACUACUUGACUUGACUUGACUGCAUCAACACUAUUGUCAUUCAAGCUGUACACUGACUACUUGACUUGACUGCAUCAACACUAUUGUCAUUCAAGCUGUACACUGACUACUUGACUUGACUUUACUGGAUCAACACUAUUGUCAUUCAAGCUGUACACUGACUACUUGACUUGACUUGACUGGAUCAACACUAUUGUCAUUCAAGCUGUACACUGACUACUUGACUUUACUGCAUCAACACUAUUGUCAUUCAAGCUGUACACUGACUACUUGACUUGACUUGACUGGAUCAACACUAUUGUCAUUCAAGCUGUACACUGACUACUUGACUUGACUUUACUGCAUCAACACUAUUGUCAUUCAAGCUGUACACUGACUACUUGACUUGACUUUACUGCAUCAACACUAUUGUCAUUCAAGCUGUACACUGACUACUUAACUUGACUUGACUGGAUCAACACUAUUGUCAUUCAAGCUGUACACUGACUACUUGACUUGACUUGACUGGAUCAACACUAUUGUCAUUCAAGCUGUACACUGACUACUUGACUUGACUUUACUGCAUCAACACUAUUGUCAUUCAAGCUGUACACUGACUACUUGACUUGACUUUAAUGCAUCAACACUAUUGUCAUUCAAGCUGUACACUGACUACUUGACUUGACUUUACUGGAUCAACACUAUUGUCAUUCAAGCUGUACACUGACUACUUGACUUGACUUUACUGGAUCAACACUAUUGUCAUUCAAGCUGUACACUGACUACUUGACUUGACUUUACUGGAUCAACACUAUUGUCAUUCAAGCUGUACACUGACUACUUGACUUGACUGGAUCAACACUAUUGUCAUUCAAGCUGUACACUGACUACUUGACUUGACUUGACUGGAUCAACACUAUUGUCAUUCAAGCUGUACACUGACUACUUGACUUGACUUUACUGGAUCAAAGUGUUUUGUUUGUGUUGUCCCGGAAAGAUAUCGGAAUUGCAGAAAUGUGUACUCCUUUUGUGUGAUACUGUAUAAAGUAUUACUGAAUGAGGUGUGCUUUUGAAUCCAAAUGCCCCCCCCCCUCCACCCCUGCUUUUGCAUGGAAUCUGUAGGAAAAGAAUGAAUUUGAUGACGUUAGAUUCCCUCCUCUUGUGAUGCCAUAUUGUCGGAGCGACAAGCCGCACGGAUGUUGACAAAAUCCCGGGUUGAUUUAAUGACCUGUUUAAUUGUGGCACAGCUCUCCAAUGUUUUGCAGGUUUAAUUAGCGUAAUCACGGCUGGAGAAAAAGGCCACGGGUUGUUUAAUGGGUGGUGUUUGUCAAGAUGCACAUAAUUAUAACACAAAAGACACGCCAGUCAUGCAGCACGACUGUCAUCCAGUAAUUACGGGUGUCACAAUUGAUAAUUACACAAUUACAGAAAGAAUUGAUCCUGUGAAGGUUCCUCUCUGCUGGGAGGAAGGAAACAUGAAAUAUGAUUUGACAGCCAUGCGGCUCUAUGGUUAUCACGUGGAAGUCAAGCAUUAUCUGUCUGUUAUGAUGUGACAUUUGGAUAUAGAAAUAUAUAUUUUCUGUCUUGAUGAAGUCAAUGUAGAAGCAUUAACUUGCACAUGAUCAACUUGCGUACAUUACAAUAAAGUUUGCUCAAAGGAAUUAGGCCAGACUAAACGUUUUGAAAAAGACAGUUUAUAUGUACUUCAUCUGUAAUUAAAAACUAUAGUUUACUAUGUGGGUUACUUCUCCGCGCUCUUGACUGUCCUAGUUGGAAAAUGCUUAGAGAGCAUCUUCAUCAAGACGCAAGCAACAAAAGAAAUUAAAAUGAACUUUUAAUUAAUUUUGUUCUUUGCUAUCAUGCAAUAAAAACACUUCAAUGGCCAAAUGUGCUGAGCGUGCAACCAUUAUGAUGGAUUCAUCUUCUCGGUGCAGCUAUACGCAUACACUGCCAUUCAUCUGAGUCAAUUAUUCAAUAGUUGAUGAAUAUUGCAUUUUUCUUUAUGAAACCGUUGAACAGUUCCAACAGAGGUAAUGGCAUCUUAAGAAUAUAACCACACUUCUGACCUCCAUCCAGUGCAAACAUCUGACCUGAAUGGAGCAUCAUCUUGCACAAUGUUUGAUAUGGAUAUUUGAUGGAGAUAUGACAUUGCACACUUGGUCCUUAUGUUCCCUCCACAAGUACACCAUGUUCUUUUCUAGCGGUGGUAGUACAAGUAGUGCUACUUCAAUAGUAUUUGCAUUUUAGGCCAUUGUAUGUCCACACGCUUUUCAAAAGUGCUCAUUUUCCCAUGUCCUGUCUUUGAAAUACCAAUAACAAUGGGGAAGAUAGAAGAUAGUCCACGUAGUAUAUAGUCCAGGUA